ACGCGCGUGAGUCACAGCCAUUUCCUCCGCCGCGGAAAAUCCCCACAGCAUUCCUCAGGAUUGUCCGCUCCCUUCCCUCUCGAAACGAGCGGGAGGGAGCCAAGCAGGCUGCUCUUCUCUAUGCUGCUAUGAGCUGCUAUGAGCACAAGAAAAGGCGGACGGAAGACAGGGGCCUUUUCCUGCGGAGGUAGCUCGCCCCGGCUGCUAGCACGCCCCCCGCAGGGCUGCCUCCGGCGCUGCGCGGCAGCGACGGCGGCGCGGCUCCGUUAGUGCCGACUGCUGGCGGAUGCGGGGCGCGGACUGGGUGACACCGGACCGAGGCACUUCUUCAUUCGGUCUAGCAGAACCGGGGAGCCGCUUGGCCCCGCUGACGCCUGCGGGGGACACCGAGGAAGGCGCAAGUCUGCGAGGGAUCGAGCGCUGGCAGCUCAUGGAAGGAAGCAGGCCGAGGUCGUGGGGCACAACUGGAACCUUGAGGUGCAGGUGGAAUGCAGCAUGGCUACUGCUUCUGGCAUUAAUGGCCUUGGGACUGAAAGAAGAUGAUCCAGAUGUCGCUGUGAAUCUGCAAUGUUAUUGGUCAAAAGUGCCCAGCGUUAUGAACUGCAGCUGGUCCAUUCGGGACCUUCCAGGUGUUCACACCAUCUGUAUACUCCACUACGAGAGCCUAAAAUUCCAUCCUAAACAGAGUUAUUCAGAGAAGUCUCAGAGUGAAGAGAACUGGUUGCUGAUUGCACGAAACAAGCUGAGGAAGGGCGACACGUACAGCAUCUGGUUGGAAGUUCAAACUGCAGGGAGGACUGUCACGUCCAAUAAAAUAACUGUCAGCCUGGAUGAGAUCGUGAAACCCCCUCCACCAGAUGUGGACCUCGUGGACCCCACGGAGUGUGAUUCCUCUGGGGCUAGAAUAACCUGGAAGACGCCUAAUUCAUCUGAACCUCUCACCUGUGCCCUUCGGUACAAGGUCUCCAAAGACCAAGACUGGACCUAUCUGCAUCAGGAUGAGGUAGGCCAGGAGGGCCACUACCUUGAGAACUUGAAGCCAUUCACGUCCUAUGAGGUGCAGGCACGAUGCUUCCAAAACGAAGGUUUUUGGAGUGAAUGGAGCUCUGCCCGAACCUUCCGAACUCUUGAGGCUGCUCCACUGGGUCAGGUCGAUGUGUGGCAAGCAGUUGACGCCUCGGACAGUCAGAAACGGCUCCUGCUGUGGAAGGCACUGGACUCAGAGGCAGCUCAGGGAAAAAUACUCGAUUACGAAGUGAGCUACCAGAACCAUGGGCAAAACAUCACCAAGGGCACGUGGCCUUGCUGCAGAGCUGUCCUCCCUUCCACUGCUGGCUAUGCCUGGAUCUCGGCACGCAACUCUGUGAAGCAGACGCAGGUGGCCAAUCUCAGCCUGGAGCAAUCAGCACUGCCUGGGCCAGAGGACGUCCAGGUGCAGGCUUUAGAAGACAGAGGUUUCCGUGUGACGUGGAAGCCUAGCGCAAGCCCUCUGUGGGUGCAGCCUGAGGAGUACGUGGUUGAGUGGAGAGAAGAGCUACCCAGCACGAAUGAGGCGUUGGACUGGACACGCGUGCCUGGGAGCAGCGGCAGCACCUUGCUGAUCGGUCACUUUAAGCCGAAGCUGCCAUAUCUUGUGCGUGUUUAUGCUCUGCAUUCUCAUGGGAACAGCGCUUCAGCCCCAACACGAGCCUACUUCAAGGAAGAAGCACCAUCAAACAGCCCUCAGGCACUAAGGGACAGAAGAAUCUCCUCUGCAGUCUGUAAUGUCUCCUGGGAGGAGAUUCCCUUAGUGGAUCGCAAUGGGCACAUAACCCACUACACGCUCUACUUGAAGCAACAGGACUCUGUGACCAGCAAGCUGCAUAAGACCAUAGUUGCAGCUACAGAGAAGAGCCACCAGUUCACGGACCUGACUCCUGGGACCACCUACCAGUUUUGCAUGACUGGCUCCACCUCAGCUGGGGAAGGCCGGGCCAGCCCAGAGCAUCACUUCCACAUGCCAGGUGCCCAUUGGCAGUACAUCAUGACAGUAACACUGGUGAUGGGAUGCCUGUUAAUUAUGGCUUCGGUCGUGGGGCUUAUUAAGUACAGACGGGUCAUUGGUGUCUGCCAUAAGAUUCUGGCUCAGUGUGGCUUGGGGAGAAUUCCAGAUCCUGGGCACAGUGCUGUUUUCCAGAAGACAGAGGGACAAAACAUUGUGCUUGGCAUGAAUAUCCCGAGCCUGAGCUCAGCCCCAUACUCAGAAGGGAUGGACUUUAUUGAGAUAAAGGAGUCAACACUGCCACUGACGACAACCCCUGCUCCACCGAUGUUCAGCGGCUAUGAAAAGCGCUUCAUGCCUACUCAGGAGGAGUUGCAGAAGCUGGCUUGAGCGGGAAAAGAACAACUGUUUGACCUCUGGUGGCAACUUGGGUGUUAGCCCAAGCCCAGCUGAAGCAUGUCGUGGCCUUGUCGGCCUUGGGGGAGGCUUCCAAAGUGCAUUGUGCCAUAUUCUUUAGCCUCCAAUGAGCCUUAUGAUGAAACGGUGGGGUGUGCAGCCACAGCCAGGUGUUCUGCAGGGUGGCACCUCUGAGCUCAGAACCGCCACGGAGGAGACCAAGGCCAGAGGCAGGAAGGAAUGGGCCGGAUGUCUCUAGGGGGCAUCACCCCACCCUGUACCACCUCAGGAACAUGGCUGUCCUGGUGAGCUGUCGUGCUGCUGCUGCCUGUGUUCAGCCUUUCCUCACAGAGCCAGCCUUGGCCGUCAUCAGCCUGUUCCCUAUAUGCUGGAGCCACAAGGGCAGUGUCAAGGUGGCCACUGCUUCCUGUGCCGGGGCUCCUAGACCUCAGGGACGUUCCUUCGUACUCCUUUUGCACAGCUGCUGCUGCAAAGAAACUCUUGAUUGCUGUGGUUCUGAGACAGCAAAAUUACCUCAUGGCUGAGCAAAGGAAAUCUUGCUCUUUGAUUUCUGCGGAGAAGGACUGUAAAACUGCUUUUCUGAAGUGGUGCUGGUUCCUCUGCUCAAGGAGUUUUAGUCCUUGUGAGCUUUUUGUAAGGUUUUCAAGAUAAAUUUUGUUUGUUUCUAAA